AGCACUGUACUCUGCCAGUUGUCUCCGCUAUAUCCAAUCUGAGAGAGAGAGAGAGACAGCCAGAGAUAGAGAGAGAGAGCACGCGCGAUCUUGUGCGUUGGUGUGUUGAGCCGCGAGUGUUGUUGGUGUGUGUGAGUGUUGAGCGUGUGUUAGUGCACCACACAGUAGUUUUCCACGAGCGUUUUCCGAUAGGUUUUCUUCCGGUUUUCCGAGAUUGGACUGAGGACAUCACCCCGAAUUUGAAGAUGGCACGUGUUGCCUUGGGUCUCAACUGAUAGACCCAAUUGGAGCUCUCUGCUCUGGAAAAGAUGUGGUGAAAUGUUUGGCCGGUGGCAGGUGGUCACAGCGAGUGUGGCGUUGUGCUUUGCUCUGGCUCUGCUCCUAUCCGAAUGCAUCACCAACUGUCAAACCACGCCUACCGAUGACAUUUUUGAAAAUGGUAGAUCAGACAAAGAGAUUCUGGAUGCCUUGCUGAUGGCAACCCGCUACGACAAGAGACUCUUGCCUCCUGUCAGUGGAACACUGACGGUGAACAUGAGUGUACUCUUGCUCAGUCUUGCCUCUCCUGACGAAUCUAGUCUUAAAUACGAAGUGGAGUUCCUGCUACAGCAACAGUGGUACGACCCCAGACUCCGUUACUACAACCAGAGCAGCUAUGACUUCCUGAACGCCAUUCACCAUCACAACGAUGUGUGGCUGCCCGAUACCUACUUCAUAAUGCACGGUGACUUCAAGGAUCCACUCAUACCUGUUCACUUUGCGCUGCGUAUAUUCCGCAACGGCACUGUCAACUAUCUCAUGAGGCGUCACUUGAUAUUGUCGUGUCAGGGUGCUCUACACAUCUUCCCCUUCGAUGACCCACAGUGCUCAUUCGCUAUGGAAAGCAUAUCAUACGAGCAGUCAGCAAUUACGUACGUAUGGAAAAAUGACGAAGACACUCUGAGGAAAUCGCCGUCUCUCACCACUCUCAACGCCUACCUAAUACAGAACCAGACAAUCGCCUGCCCCACCAAGGCCAGUUGGAGAGCCAACAACCCAGCCUCGGGUAACUACAGCUGUCUGAAGGUGGAUUUGAUCUUCACACGUGACCGAGCCUUCUACUUUACAACGGUGUUCAUCCCUGGCAUAAUUCUGGUCACAUCUUCGUUCAUCACAUUCUGGCUAGAGUGGAACGCUGUGCCUGCCAGGGUUAUGAUUGGUGUAACAACAAUGCUCAACUUUUUCACGACAUCGAACGGCUUCCGUUCGACACUUCCGGUCGUGAGCAACCUGACCGCCAUGAACGUGUGGGAUGGCGUCUGCAUGUGCUUCAUCUACGCCAGUCUGCUCGAGUUCGUCUGCGUCAACUAUGUCGGUCGCAAACGACCGCUGCACAAUGUCGUCUAUCGGCCUGGCGAGAACCCUGUCACACAGCAUGUCAUACAGGGAGUUAAAAAGACUCGUCUGCCAGCCGUCUUGAGUCGGAUUGGCCUAAUUUUGGCCACGCCUCUGAUUCAGAGCUUGCGUCUCAAUAAUCGAGAUACGGGUGAUAAAAAGCCAGACUCGUCAGGUCCGAACGAGAUAGUGACCUGCACCAAUUGUGGACCCAAUCCGUGUACCCAUACCGCCAACAAUGGAUGUGCCACUGAGGUUAGAAAAAAGGAGCCUCCGCAUCCAAUUCGAGUGGCGAAAACUAUUGACGUUAUAGCGCGCAUCACUUUUCCAACUGCCUACGCUGUUUUCCUCAUUUUCUUUUUCAUUCACUACAAGGGCUUUUCAUAAUAAUAACGAUAGUCAAGCUCAGCGCGUCAACGUACUCCGUUUAGUCACCUCCUCAGCGUCAGCGUGUACUUCAUUUAGCAAUUUCUUUUGAACCAUCUUCAACGUCAACGUUUUAGCCACUUUUUUUUAACCAUCCUCAGCGUCAACGUGUACUUCAUUUAGCAACUUCUUUUGAACCAUCUUCAACGUCAACGUGUACCUACUUGUUUUAGCAACUUCUUUCUAACCAUCCUCAGCGUCAAGGUGUACAUCUUUCAACCACUUUUAAAAUCCUCAACGACAACGUGAACUGUUUUUAGCAACUUCUUUUGAACCAUCUUCAACGUCAACGUGUACUCGUUUUAGCAACUUCUUUCAAACCACCUCAGUGUCAACGUGUACUUCAUUCAGCAACUUCUUUUGAACCAUCUUCAACGUCAACGUGUUCUCGUUUUAGCAACUUCUUUCAAACCAACCUCAGUGUCAACGUGUACUUCAUUCAGCAACUUAUUUUGAACCAUCUUUAACGUGUACUCGUUUUAGCAACUUCUUUCAAACCAACCUCAGUGUCAACGUGUACUCGUUUUAGCAACUUCUUUUGAACCAUCUUCAACGUCAACGUGUACUCGUUUUAGCAACUUCUUUCAAACCAACCUCAGUGUCAACGUGUACUUCAUUCAGCAACUUCUUUUGAACCAUCUUCAACGUCAACGUGUUCUCGUUUUAGCAACUUCUUUCAACCAACUUCAGUGUCAACGUAGGUAUUUCUUUCUGCCACUUCUUUUGAACCAUCUACAAGAAAUAUGCAUAGUUUACAGAUGGAAUUGAAUAGAGAAUGCAUUUAUUCAAAUGCUAAUAGAUAUAUAAUUAUUAUUUAACGAAAAUCCUAAAUAAAUGCUGUAAAGCAUUCUUCUGCUGUAAAGCAGAAGAAGUCUUCGGGGUGAUUUACAGCAUUUAUUUAGGAUUUUCGUUAAAUAAUAAUUAAAUAUGCAUAGUAUCUAAAACAUCAAGGCAGUACCUACUUAACAUAACAAAGUAUGUAGGUGUCAUAAGUGGGCACUAAUCAAAGUCACCGUUAUUAAGGUCUGAUCAAGGUCUUCAUCAAGGUCUUCAUCAAGGUCUUCAUCAAGGUCUUCAUCAAGGUCUUGAUCAAGGUCUGAUCAAGGUCAUAAUAGUCACAGAUUCUAAGUCAUCAUAGUAACAGUUCAUAUGUGUUUAGAUAAUAGCAGCAAAUACUGGUUGAGACUGAAAUGUUGAGUCAAAUCUGAAGAGGAUAUUAUUAUAAUGGCAUUUUCUGUUCUAUAAUUGUAUUACAUUUUUUAUUCUUUUCAUAUUUUAUUGCGAAGUAUUUUAUUUUGUUUGUAUAGUGAAGGCUUCCCCAAGGCGCUCAAUUCCAAUGAGCUACUCCCUACAGCUCUUUAACAUUUUGAUAACUAGAUAUUGUCUAUUUAUAAUUAUUUGCUCACAAACUAGACAAAUAUAUAAAGAUUUUUGUAUGUAUUCAAUUGAAUUAUAAUCAUCUAUGACGGUGGACCCAAUACUUUGCCAAGCGGCCAAGCUUAAACAUUGAAAUCCUAUUAGGUGACUUUGAACACAUUAAAUAAUCAGGAAAUUGAAAAUUGAAGUACGGUACCCGUUAUUAUAAUUUUGAUGAAGUCUUGAUAAAUAAAAAAAGCCCUCACCAAAAAUUUAAUAUUAUAAAUAAUUAAUAGUCACUGUACUUCAGAUAGGUUUUACUAUUGGUUUGAAUCUGAUUUGACCUGGUUUUGACUUGAAGAUAUUCUUGGAUUGAAAGUAGAUUUUUUAUAAUGAUUGUUUUGUAGAAUUUGAUUAUGUUGAAUCAUAUUUUAUUAAUUUAGUAAUAUAAAGCAAGAAACAUCUCAAUUUGUUGUAGGAAUUCUCUCGAAAAAGUCCUAGAACAGAAAAUGUUGGUAAAUUGGAGUUAUCAGUUAUCAGACUAGUGGCUUACGGUACUAAAAACUUUGUUGAAAAAACGAAGUUUAGUACAUUUUAGUUUAAAUUAUUUUUUAUUCCUUGUGAUCUCCUACUCUACACUCUCUAGCCUUACUGUGAUGUUUUAUUUAAAUACCUGAUAGGUUUAGUUGAUCCUAUGAUAGAGUCUAUAAUUCAAACAAAAAUUGAAUUAUAAAAUUGAAGAAACUUCAUAUACGAAGGAUAAAUAUUUACAAAUAUAAAUUGGAUCUGUUACUAUUGGAUUUAUGAUAUUUUAAUAUGUGUGCUUUGUUGUUACCACUAAAAAAUUUUAAGAAAGGAGAGAAAACAUCAUUUUAUGCAAAAUUAUGGUUACCAGACGAACAAGAUUAAGUUUUAGUAUAUUAUUUAUCAUAUUACCAAAUUGUUAUUGAAUGAUAUAUUUAUGCUUUUUCAACUUGAUCAGUUACCAUAAGUUUAGUUCAAAUUUAUCUUAGAGUUGAAAUUGUAUUCGUUUUAGAGAUAUUACACUAAAUUUCCAAUCGUAUUCCUUGUUGAUUACAUUACUUGUUAUGUAUGAUAGAAAAAUGAUUAGCAAAGUAUGGCUUAUAUUCGAUAUUAUUGUUAAAAAUUGUUGCUAUAAAACUUUUAAAAAUCCUUGGAGAGAUUUGAAAAUUUGUAUUUAUUGAACUAAAAAAGGAGCGAAAUCUAUGAGUACAUGUUAUUCUUAGAAAGUUGAUAUUAUUGAUGAAGACAUUUUUAUAUUAAAUUUGGUGUAACAAUUAUUUAUUUUUGAAAAGUGAACUUGAAAAAUGUAGAUUACUGGAAGGCUUUACAGUCCUAGUAGUAAUCAUAGAUGAUAAAAAUCAUGGAGAAAUUUUGUUUCUCAACAUAUAAAAGAAAAACAAGAGGAGAAGUAAUUUAAAUUGAGGUUUACAAGAUGGUUAUGCCUUAUUCUAAUCAUCACUCAAUGAAAAUAAAUUUUAUUCUGAUCUUAUUUCAAAAACUUAUUGUCAGAUAAAUACUAAACAUCACUCAAUAAAAAUACAUUCUAUUUGUUUUGUUUCAAAAGCUUAAUGUCAGAUGAAUAAAGAGAAAAAUUUGAUGUAUUCCUGGAUAAAAUAUAUGUGAAUCCUAUUUCUGAAAAUCAAAUCAAUAAGACACCUCUCAGAGAAUUGUUUGCACAUUUAUAACUCAACACAACUAGCAUAAUUUUUUUUACAUCAAGAGUAUUUCACCCACCCUACAACUCACGUCCAUUUUAUUAAAAUCCAUGAAUUUUUCUCAAUUCCUUCCACAAAUUCGCCUAUUGCUGUUCAGUAGAAUCAAAUUUUCUAUUCGUCUUACUAUUAAGGGUAGUCUAGUGGUAUAAAAACAAGCAAAACCCAAAUAUUGAUAAUUAUAACUUGAGAAAUGUCUUUGUAAAUAUUUAAAAUAACUCUAAAACUUAUGAACUUGAGUGAAUAAUAAUGUAAUGAGUUGAAAAAUAAUAUUAUAUUAUAUAUAAUAUAUAUUAAUUAUAUAUUAUAUUAUAAAACACUACCCUAAUCGGCUCACACCAAUAAAUUUAAAUCAUUCUAUGUAUAAAUACUCGUAAUACCGGCGUUAUGUGUGGAAAUGAAUUCACACAAUUUUCACCGAAUUUUGUGUGAAGAAAUGUCGGCAACGUAAAAAACGUUUAUUGUAAAUUAUUUAAAACGGUUCAGUGGGCCAAAAAGUAUGAAAAAGGAUUGCUGUGUGUGUGAACUAACUUUGUAUUUUUAUCCAAGUAAACUAAGAUAAGAAGUACUAAUUUUUUAUCAGCAUGGUACUAUAUGAAGGUAUUAAUAGUGAUUGACCUACCACAAAAACAGUGACAUCUAAAGAACAAAAAUGAAUAGAAGAAAUAAAAUAAAUUUGGAUUCUGUGGUCAUCACUGGAGAGAUAAAAGAGAGCUGCAUACAUUAUAAGUCAUUCUCAUCAUUUGCUCUAGAAAUCUAGGUAAUAGAAAUUGCUCUAGAAAAUUGAUAAUUUGGUUUAAUUGAUAAAUGAUAAAUAAAUUGGUAAUUAUUGGUAAAUAAUUUGGUUUAAUUGAUGAAUUGUUAUUUGCUCUAGAAAUGAAUAAAUAAAUAAAUCUGAUCGGCAGGAAAUGCACCAGAGCACACUGCUAGAGUAUGUACUCUAAAUCACUCUAAAAUCUGUAUAAAAUAAGUUGAGGCUUUGACAAAUAGACAGUGUUGCCAAAUUGUGCGAAAUUUCAAUCUUCUCGUGUGACAGGAUGUACUCAAUUCGACAACACUGUCGAUGCAGAGUUGUCAAUUUGAAUACAUUCAGUCAUGUAGGCUUGCAUGGAAAGAUGGAAAUUUGGCAACACGCAUAAUUUGUUCAAGCCUCAACUAUUUUUUUUCACAAACAAGAUUUUUGUAGCUAAAUGGAUAACAUAAAUUAUAAGUUGAUAAUAUAGGUAAAGAUAUACGUUUUUUAAGAGUUGAUUAUCAAGUACCUACUUAUCAUAGGUACUACUUCAUUACCAGAGUAAUAUGAAAUGGAUAGUUCCAUUUCAAUGAAUCUUAAAUAAUUAUGAAAACUCAAAGAAUAUUUAAUCUACAAAAGUGGAUCGAUAAAUCUUGCUAUUAAAAUAUUAUUGAAUUAGGUAGGUACUCCAUACUGAAAACUAUUACCGUAACAGUUUGGACAGUUUCAAAAUUGAAUUAUUUUAAUUUUUGCUGUUGGUGAAGUACCGGUACAUAAAUGCGUCUUUUCUGUACAAUGAGGGACUAAAUAAUUAUUAUAUCUCAGUGUAUUUACAGGUCAAGGUACUAGAGUUGGAAAAAGAAGCUGAAAAUUAUAGGCCUUGUGAAGAAAAUUAUUAUGAAAGGGGUCAAUAUACUAUUAGUUUAAAUAUGAUGAACCUUCAGUAUUAGGUAAUUUAUUUCCAAGAGGCUUGAUGAGAAUGACUUGUUUUGGAUGUAGAAUAUUUGGAGAAAAUUAAUUAACGACUUCUAUGUACAUUUUGUAGUCUAGAGCAUUUUUAAAAUAUUGUUCUCGUUAAGAAAACAAAAAGCUGAUUGUUUAGUUCAAACUAUUUAUAUUUUUCAUUCGACCUACCUUAAUAAAGUUUUACAAUACUACGUCAAAAUGCGGUGAUAUUCUAUUUGUAAACUUAGUAACAAAGAUGCUUUACAAAUCGCUGCUUCUAAUGAAUAUGAUAGAGCUAGAUUUAUAGUAAUUUAUAAAUAGAUAUUUCAAAUUUGUUAUCAUCUGUCAUUGUUGAUAAGAAGCAUAGCAUAAAGCACGCUUGAAUAUUUUAUUAAGUGGGAAAUUUUCUUCUAAAUUUCAGCCAUCUACCAUUGGCAAGCCUGUUUUUGUGAUAGUAGUUAUUGUUUGAAAAAUAUUGAUAUUAAUUGUUACCUGUAAUCACUAUAUUCACUAUAUUUAUCUCAAGUGCACUAUUCGGACCCAAAAAUGCCUUCUUGCCUGCCUUUGAAACAUUAUAUUUAUUGUUGUACCUAGCUAUACUAAUUGCACAUAAAUUUAAUCAUAAGACAAUUAUUGUUUGUUAUAAUGAAUUUAUCAAGUAUUGUCAAUGUUUAUUCAGAAUUCUUCAACAUUGAUAUAUGUUGUCCUGUUUGUUAUCACUGUUGUUAAGUAAUGAACCAUCAUAAUUUCGUGGAAAGUGAGAUGGAUAAUCCAUGUUCUGUAUUAUUGUGAAAGAGAUGUCCAUAUUGAAUGGUUACAUGAUUGACCCGUGAUUAUUAUUAAUUUGGUUGAGGAGAUCCUAUGACAUUUUUAUAUUUUAAAAAAUUAUAAUUUGACUACACAACUAAUAAUUUUAAACAUUGAUUAAUUAUUUGUUCUCAUAUGAAUUUAUAUCUAACUGAUAUAUAUUUUAGUCAACUAUCACAAUAAAUAGUGUUUUUUUUUAAAUGAACUACAUUAGAAUGUAGGCUGUUAUCCUGAACAACAACAUCGACUACACGCUUUUGGUGUUUUUGUAUUAUUUAUUUAAAAUUUGAAAACACCAAAGCUUCUAAAAUAAUUGUGCCUUUUUGCUUUCUGCAUUUCUAAUCUAGAAUAGACAAAAAAUGGAAACGAACAAGUUUCAAAUUUGAACGAUUCAAAAUAUGAAAACAUAGCCGGAGGUAAGGUGAUGCAAAAGAAUUGAUCACAAAGUUUAUAGAUUUAUUGUUUCAUAAUAAUAUAGACUAUUAUUAUUUGUUAUUUCAAUAUUAUAAUUUGUAAUAUUCCUAUUACAAAAAAUAAACAGAGCUUUUUUGAAUCUGAUUGGUAGAUUAGUUAUUUUCAAAUCACAAUCAUACUGAAUGGAAUCAUCAUUCAUGAUUAUUAAUUAUUGCUUACAAUAAAUAUAUUUUUUGUAACUUCUUCUAUCAUUCAUUUACAAUUGACAAUUAUUUGUUGUUUAUAAGAAGUUAUGUGAAAUAAAUCCACCACCAACCGGCUAAACUAUGCAAUAAGAAAUAAUACCAAUAAAUAAUAUUGUAAUAAUUAUACCUCAUUCUUAAAUUUUAUCAACAUAUAUAUUUGCACAACUCUUGUAUAAACACGUAUGCCUUUUUCACUUGUACGAAAAUUAUAUAAAUAUAUUUAUUUCUUGAGCAUUGUUAUACUACUCUGUAUAUGUCUAGGCCCUUGAAAUCAUGAUGUUAAUCUAGGAUAGUUAUGAAGUUUAAUAUUUGAGUUUAAAGAGAGAGCUAUGUAAAUAUAGAAAUAACCAUGUAAUCAUGCUAUUUUGAUGGAGUUAAUUAUUAGGUGACAAAGUCUUUUCUAAGUUGGCUACUGAAGUAUAAAUUUAUUGUUCUAUCUAUAAGAGUAGUAACGGUUACCAAAGGAGUGAAUUUUUCUGUGGAUCAAUUUUUUCAAUAAUUUUGUUUUUGAUUCUCAUUGAGCUUCUCAAAUUAUUUUGGAAAUGUGAAAAAACGUUUUCCAGAUCAUGGUUGAAGAAUCUUGUACAAAAUGUAAAAUAACACAACUAUUUCAUCAUUCUACUAUCAUAAAAGAAGAGAACUCUCUCAUAUAUAUUUAAACAAGCGACCUGUAAAUAAUAGUCAUAAUAAUAAUGUAAUAGUAACUCGAAUACAAUUUCCGUUACAAUAUUUUUUUUUGUGAGUGUGAUUGUGAAUUCGAUAAAGUGUGAAUUUUAUAAAAAUAAACUAUUGUAAGUUAUUCAAAUUUUGGUAGAUGGCUUUAAAAAGUAGUUUUGUCAUUCUUAUGGGAGAAAAUAAUAAUGUAAUUCAGAUGAGAUUUUUACACACAACUGAGAAUUUAUCAGUAAUGACGAAUUCUAGAGGUAUUCACAUUUUUUGUAUCUAUGAAGACAACAUCUCUAAAUAUUUUUUUUUGUGAGAAACAUUUUUCACACCUAUUUUUUUCAAAAGUAUAGGUUACAUAUUUUAAUUUUUAUCAUUUGUAGAUAAUAAAUCCAAGAGAAAAAUACCUUGUUUCCACCUAUGAUUUCCAGUCAAGAACAGCAUAAUUUCUAUCAUAGUUGAUAUGUUUUUAUCAAUGUUCUUAUGUUCCCUAGUCAAUAUAUUUAAAUAUCAAUUGACAGAGCUAUCUCUGGAAUAAAGAAUAAAAGCUGCCUUAUAAAAAUUAAUGGUAAACAUUAAUGCAAUGUGCUGUCGUGAAUUGAUGAGAGUUAUUAUAGAUGUGUCAUUUAAUUGGCCACCAUACUUCUUAUUAAUUAUUCGUCAAGAUCAUAAAGAAUAAUCAAAAAUCAACGAUAAAUAUGUGUAAAAUAAUAGCAAUUUACCCAAACUUUUAAUAUGAUAUUGAUUUGAAUUUAUCAAUUCUACAAACCAUGGAGCAAAUUAGAAUUAGUUAUGCACUCUUCUUAACAGUAUAAAAUAGGCAAUAAUAACUGAAGUAGUUAAUAGAAAUACAUUAUUAGAAUAUUUCUCAUUGGUUUGUUCCAUAAUGAUUUCUCACAAAUUCAAUUGUUAGCCAUGUGCAUUCUCAUCUUUCAGAUAGAUUGAGCUUUUUCAAAUAGAUAAAUAAUUUGUAGGAUGGAAUGCGUGUAAAGGAAGGUUGUUUCUAUGAUGCUAUUGAAUAAUUUAACUAUGAUGCUUUCAAUGUGUCAACGGAAUUAUUCUUAUUGGAAAUUUCAAUUCUGCAAUAGACCACUAUAGUGAUGUCCACGUUAUAAUGGCAGUCAUUGAUUCACAUCGGUGUUGCUGGCCUUGUUUAUCAUUCGGCAAAGCAGAUGGCGAUAUCCUUUUCUAGCUUUGCAGCGUUGCAAGCACCGUUGUUAAACUAAUUAACAAAAUAUUCAAUCUCAAUUAUGGGAAUGUAUUAUUCAAUCAUUGAAAAAUAUAUUUUAUUGACGAAUAAAAUUUAGUUGAUUAUUUUGAAGCAAAAAUGAACUGUUAUAUAUUACAUCCGAUAUUCUAGUAUCAGCUAUACUCUAUAGAAGACAGAGAAUCGGGUCCCCUAUCUGUCUCUCUCAUUAUAACGUGGACCUCACUAUAGAAUUUUUUAUGUUUCUGAUUGGUAGAGAAAUAAACUAUAGUGAAUUCGAGCAGAUGUUUAAAUGCUGCAUGCUAGACGGUGCUAUAUCUGGAGUGUUAAGUGUUUCCCGAUUUGAAAUAAACUGAUAAUUAUUGUUGGAAUAAAUCGAUAGAUUUGUAAAUUUGUAACAAUUGAUGCCGUUUUUCAAAUCUCAUUGUCAAUCUUGUGAAUAUUGCCCAAUCACUGCAUAAGAUUAAUGAUAAAAACUAGUCAUGAUAGCCGAUGGAAUUUUGGCAUUUAACAAAUUUGAACUCGUCUAUUUUUCACUUUUUCACACAAUCAAAUUCUAGUAAUAUUCUUAUUGACUGACCAAGUUGCUAGUUCAGUACUGCAAACAGUCAUUUUUGUAUUUUUAGAGCACUUUAAACAUUAAUCAUAAUUACUACUAUACAACGAUGCAUAUUGUUCAUCUCUGUACAUUUGGAUAAUUCUUACACUGAUUGUACUCUACGAUCUAUGAAUUUAAAUAUUUACUGUAGGUGUUUCCAAUAUUAAAAUAUGAUGAAAAUGUGUUAUGUAAAUAAUAUUGUAAAUAUAGGCUAUUUCAUCCUUGUAUAUUUUAUGAUCAUGACUUUCAAUAAAAGAUUAUGAUACACAUUAAUAAAAAAUGA